AUGUCGAAAGUGCUUCUGAGUAAGGAGUUGCCUGAUAUUGAGAACCUCCUAAGGCUUAAUCCGACAACGAAGCCCUACACCAACUUGGUGCCUUCAGCCCAAACCAAGAGGAACAAGCAGCAUUGGAAGAGAAACGAAGAUAGAAAAUGUACAGCAUGUCCAUCGUUGACGAAGAAUUUCGACGACAUCAAACACACGACGUUGUCGGAACGCGGCGCGCUGAAAGAGGCCGCACGAUGCCUCAAGUGCGCUGACGCACCCUGUCAAAAAUCCUGCCCAACGCAGAUUGACGUCAAGAGCUUUAUCAGCAGUAUUGCUACUAAGAACUACUAUGGAGCAGCUAAAGCGAUCCUGUCCGACAAUCCAUUGGGACUGACAUGUGGCAUGGUGUGCCCUACUAGCGACCUCUGUGUGGGAGGAUGCAACCUCCACGCUACUGAAGAAGGAGCUAUCAACAUCGGUGGACUACAGCAUUUUGCUGUCGAUGUAUUCAUGAAGAUGGGUAUCCCUCAAACCUUGAAUCCUAAGACCAAACCUCUCCCCAAAGGUGGUGAUCAGAAGAUCGCCUUAGUUGGCGGUGGACCCGCUAGUAUUAGCUGCGCUUGCUUCCUAGCCAGGCUUGGGUAUAAGAACAUUACUGUGUACGAGAAGGAACAGUACUUGGGUGGAUUGAGUUCAUCAGAAAUCCCGCAGUACCGUCUUCCAUAUGACGUGGUGCAGUUUGAAGUGGACCUCGUGAAGAACUUGGGAGUCAAGUUCGAGACUGGCAGGAAACUGUCCACACAGGAUAUUACUGUUAAUGGUCUUCUAGAAGACGGUCACGCAGCUGUAUUCUUGGGAAUCGGUCUCCCAGAACCAAAGAACAUACCAAUAUUCAAAGGAUUGAACCAGGAGAUGGGUUUCUAUACCAGCAAGGACUUUCUACCUCUUGUGUCUAAGGGAAGCAAGAGAGGUCUAUGUGCCUGCAAAUCCCCUUUGCCGUCGUUACACGGCAACGUGAUAGUACUGGGCGCCGGCGACACUGCCUUCGACUGCGCUACAUCGGCACUGCGCUGCGGCGCCAGGAGAGUCUACGUCGUGUUCAGGAAGGGAGUCACUAACAUCAGAGCUGUUCCUGAAGAGGUCGACCUAGCGAAGGAGGAGAAAUGCGAGUUCAUGCCGUUCAUGUCACCGAGAGAAGUUAUCGUAAAGAAUGGAAAGAUUGCAGCCCUAAAGAUGUGUCGUACAGAACAGCUAGACAAUGGAGAAUGGAUCGAAGAUGAGGACCAGAUCAUGCAGCUGAAAGCCAACUUCAUCAUCUCUGCUUUUGGCUCCGGACUUUAUGAAGCUGAUGUGAAAGACGCGAUGCAAGGAGUUGCCCUAAACCGGUGGGGAUUACCAGAAGUGGAUGAGAACACCAUGCAGAGCCGGAGCAACCCGAAGGUGUUUGUUGGCGGAGACCUCGCCGGGGUCGCAGAGACCACGGUCGAGUCUGUCAAUGAUGGGAAGACGGCCGCUUGGUAUAUGCAUUGCUAUUUACAGGGUCUACCAUUUACAUCCCCAAUAGAGCUACCAAAGUUCCACUGCGCCAUAGAUGACGUAGAUCUAUCAGUAGAAGUGUGUGGUAUAAAGUUCGAGAACCCGUUCGGUCUGGCCAGUGCCCCGCCCACUACUAGUACUGCUAUGAUACGGAGGGCCUUUGAACAAGGAUGGGGAUUCGCUGUUACUAAGACCUUUGGAUUGGAUAAGGACCUAGUGACGAACGUAUCCCCGCGCAUAGUCCGCGGCGUGACGUCAGGCGAGCAGUACGGGCCGGGCCAGGGCGCCUUCCUUAACAUUGAACUCAUCUCCGAGAAGUGCGCCGCGUACUGGUGCCAGAGUAUCACUGAACUUAAACGAGACUUCCCAAAUAAGGUGGUAAUAGCAUCAAUAAUGUGUUCAUACAACGAGGAGGACUGGACGGAGCUAGCGCAGAUGGCGGAGAAGACAGGAGCCGAUGCACUGGAGCUCAACCUGUCCUGUCCGCACGGGAUGGGAGAGUCUGGGAUGGGACUCGCUUGUGGACAGGAUCCUGUAUUAGUGAAAGGAAUAUCGCAGUGGGUGAGGAAAGCUAUCAAGAUCCCGUUCUUCGUGAAACUGACUCCCAACAUCACUGACAUCGUCAGUAUUGCUACAGCUGCUUAUGAAGGCGGCGCGAGUGGUGUGUCAGCCAUCAACACAGUGUCUGGCCUCAUGUCUGUCAGACCUGACGCCACUCCUUGGCCAGCCGUCGGUGUAGAGAAGCACACGACUUACGGCGGUGUAUCAGGUAACGCGACCCGUCCCAUGGGACUGCGCGCAGUGUCCGCCAUAGGGAACAAGUUGCCCGGGUUCCCCAUACUCGGCAUCGGAGGGAUCGACUCCGCCGACUCCGCGCUACAGUUCAUCAUGUGCGGGGCGCCAGUUGUACAGAUUUGCAGUGCCAUCCAAAACCAAGAUUUCACAGUAGUAGAAGACUACAUAACUGGUCUGAAAGCAUUGCUUUACUUGAGGUCUAAAGGCCUGGACGGAUGGAUGGGUCAGUCACCGCCCACCUUCAAACACCAGAAAGGCAAACCCGUUCAAACACUGUACGAUGAAAACGGGAAGGUCUUAGCCCACUUCGGGCCAUACAGCAAAAAGCGCGAAGAAUUGCUCCACGAAGCUAGACUAAAAGCAGACUUAUUGGGUGACAAUAAGGUUCAAAGUUACGUGGCAAAUGGUGUAGCUAACGGUCAUGGGGAAGAGGGUGGUAAUGUCCCUAGGAUAAAGGACGUACUGGGUGAAGCAUUGCCCAGAGUAGGGACUUACAAGCAUUUGGACAAUACUAAGCAAGUCGUCGCCCUUAUUGAUGAUGACAUGUGCAUAAACUGCGGUAAAUGCUACAUGGCUUGCGCUGACUCCGGAUACCAAGCGAUUGACUUCGAUCCCGAGACCCACAUACCGCAUGUAACAGAUGACUGCACUGGUUGCACUCUCUGUCUGUCCGUGUGUCCCAUCAUCGAUUGUAUAUCAAUGGUCCCCAAAACAAUUCCUCAUGUCAUCAAGAGGGGUAUCCGCUACGACAUCCUUCCAGUCUCACCUCUAGACGGUGUUUGCCAAUAA